CCUGAGGUGAGUGCAUCUCUAGAGUCUAGGUACGAGUGUUCAAUCCUCCGGUCAUCACCGCCAUCCUGGCCUCUGGAAUGCGGGCGUCAAGGACCCCGGGAGGAAAACUCCCAGGGCUACGAUUUCUUGCUGGAAGCGAUGUUUCUCUGUGCAAGGAGACGUGGCAGAGUGCCCGAUUUGGUGCUCCCCGGCCGGCAGGCCUCUGUGAGCUGCAGAGGAACGUGAUGGAUGGGGGACGGGGGGAGGGAGAAGCUCGUCGGCUGGUGGGGGUACGGGCAGCUGCCCUCCGUGUCUACUCCGACUGUGGAGGUCCAGUGUCCCGCGGUGAGUGGUGGCCAGUACGCGGAGCAUUUGUGGCCGCAAUGCGAGAAAGUUUUGAGGGAAUAAAGGCAGAUCGAAACCAAACCCUUCUCAGUUAAGUGCUGCAAAUUGGAUGGCUCCUACCUAACGUGGGUGAUAGUGUAAAGUCUGUGGUGUGGGAAGCUGUUCCUGUGAAGCUGUGUGAAUGAAGGGGUUUCUGUAAAGAGGGAGGGAGGGCGGAGAGGAUCCGGAGUUGGUUUUUGCUAUGUCAAAUGCCAUGCAUUGGCGGCGUCUUAGGUCUAAAAGACCCACGUUUAGAUCAAAACUGGCUGUUUUCUUCUAAAGGGGAAGGGAGAGGGUUGAUUGGAGGUCCAAAUCACUAUUCGUGUAAUCAGCGCCGUAGUGGUUGGUUGAUGCAGAGGGAAGAGAAGAAAGGACAGGGUGGAGGGAAAGGACGGCUGCGAUGAUGGCAUAUCUUAGGACACCUUUGG